UUUCACAAUACGAUACGCGGCAAAAAAAAAAAAAAAAACAAGUCCAAAAGAACAGAUCAGGAAAACAUGGUUAUCGGAUUACUUGCCAUCACGGCUAUCCCGACCGUUACAGGCGUGGGUAACGCCGUGAGUGCACAGAAGAGACAGAAUGAGAGCAUGAGCAAGGAACAAGAAAAGUUCCACCUCACAUUCAUGCUGCAGCAGAAUGGAAAGAUAGAAGAGGUUGGCCAAGGAGUUCUCGUGGACAAGAAGAUGUAUCUCAACCUCUCAGAUGCCCCCGUGCAAGGCUACAGAUUUCUAGGCUGGUAUUUCAAGUAUCCCAGCGAGGAAGGGCACCUGGGGCUGGUGAGCAUGGUAUCCGACGACCCCCCAGCGCUGAACUGGAUAUUCGUGGACAAGGACACGCACAUGGUGACCUUUGGGGGGAAGAAGGACACCAUCGGGCACGUCAUAGGACCCUGGGGCUGGACAGCAGAUGAACGCUUCCUGACGCUCCAGGGAGAUCAUGAUUCCUUUGUGGCGGUGCGGGACGAGGAAGGGAAAUGGGCUGUAUAUUGGGACCCGGAGGGUGAUAUUGAGGAGGAGAUUGACGAUGAGGAGAGAUGUCAGCCAGUGAGACUGAGGAGAAGACCACAGCUCGGCAUGGAAAGCAGUUAUGUCAAGAAAUAGCAUGAUAUGACUUAACUGGGACUGGGGUAGUCUAGUGAGUUGAGCGUCUGGGGCAGACCGUUAAUGGCCGUUAAUGCAAGUUGGAGUACUCCAUACUGUGGUGUACUGUAGUGGUAGGGAGACAGAAGUUGUAGUGGAGGGGUCAAGUCACAUAAAGUGGGCUGGGUUGAGCAGGGUAUUUUACUGGAUUCUCAUCGCGAUCAUGACCUCAUGGGGGUCUAAAUCCUGUUAUGAG